UAAAAACCCUAUCCAUCGAAAAUAAUUUGGCCCCUCUCGCGACCUCCCAUCUCGUAAAAUCUUCCCCAACCUUCAUCGACUCAUCGUCUUCUCCAUUAUGCGCCAUCAGCCCCAACCGCUAACCAUCAACCCCAACCGCUAACCAUCAGCCUUCAUCGUCUUCUCCAUCAGCCCUAACCAUCAGCCUUCAUCGUCUUCUCCAUUCUGCGACAUCAACGAUAGCCUCUAACCACCGGCCUUCAUCGUCUUCUCCAUUAUGUGCCAUCACCGAUAGCCACUAACCACCAGCCUUCUCAAUUAGUUUUUCGAUUCACAGGUUACUCUUGGAGUCUUCUUGGACCGUUUCUCUAAUUCUUCUCUAUUUUUACCGUUCUCAGGUUCUUCUAAGACCCGACCAGUUAAUCACCAGGUUUAACAUCUUUUUUUAAUCGACAUAUGUACUUCUCUUAUGCCUAAUUCUUAUUUUUGAGUUUGAUUCAGGUUCUGAAAUUAGACUUUUGUCUUGUACUGGGAAGUUAGAGACUAAUACUCUCUCUCUUUGGGGGCUUCGGCCAUUGUUACUGUUCUUGAUUCAAUAAAGCUUCUUGAUAAAUUUCUGUAAAUUUCUCUGUUCUGGUGUUUGGUUCUAUCAGAACAAUUUAAAGGUGCAGCCCCUAUGCUUGGCAAAGUUAAUGUUAACGGAGUCACAACGUUAUGUGAUUCCCAUUCUGAUGUCUCUAAGACCUGUCUGGUAGUACCAGAUUUUUGCCCCACAGUUACGGAUUAUGUUAAUCAUGUUGCCCCUACUAUCUGUGAUAAUACUUCUGUCCCUGUGAUUGAAAAAUUUACUGCUGCAGCCCAUCCUUGUGCUUGACAAAGCUAAUUUUAAUGGUGUCACAACAUUAUGUGAUUCCCAUUCUGAUGCUUUCAUGACCUGUCUGGCAGUACCAGAUUUUUGCCCCACAGUUACGAACUCUGCUACUCCUUUAAAUGUGGCAUCAGUGAUGUGUGAGGCCAACUCCGAAGUUACAAAUGAUGCCUCUGUUGGUGCCCAGGCAGCAGCUUGUCCCCCUAUUACUGAUGAUAUUGCAUUUGAAGCCUGUCAAGAUUUUUUGCCCUCAAAAUUAUUACAGUGCAAUGUUAUUGAUUAUGCUAUGAGUGAUUUUGAUAUUCCAGAUGCUGGUGCCUCUCUUGGUACCCUCAGUGCCCUUUUUUGCCCUGCUUUUGAUGCUCAGGCAGGCUAUGACACUCUUUUAACUGCUAAUGAUGCCCAGGAAGCCUCUAUUACAGUUGUUGGUGCUUCUUGUGCCCCUGUAAUUGAGGCUGGUAUUGUUGGUGAUGCUCCAGUCCCUUUUAUUGAAUCAGGUGCCUCUGUUGGUUCCCUCACAGGCCUGAUUACCUCUGUUCUAGAUGCCCCUGAAGCCCCCGUUAAAGUUGCUCAACAAAUUGACCCUCAUUUUGACUCGGCGUUCUCAGACCAAAGUGUGGCCCCUAAAGAUCCUGUUUUUACUAAACCUCCGGUGGCUACCCAUUUCGAGGCGGUAACCGGGGGAAUUGGUAAUGAUGUCGGAGAAUACACCCGAUCUGGAAAUGAUGAGAACAACACUGAUCCCACACAUGAAAAUGCAGUUACUAUGCUUGACAUGACUCCGUCCAGUGAGGAAAAUAUUUCUGAGGACAAUCAACUUUUAAUUUCUUCUGUUUCAGGUCUCACAAAAAAUCAUCUUGUUGACGAGGAAGACAUCGAAGGCUUUACACAGUAGAAUCUGGAUUCAGUUAGCUUGUGCAUCACAGGUUUAUCAAACUCGUAUUGGAUUCGCUGAUUCUUCUAUUCUUCUUGGAUUGGCGGGUUCUAAUUUGUCUCUAAUUCAAUGGGUCUCAGAUUCAUCAUGGGCCUGACCAGCUAAUCACCAGCAUCAUAAUAGGUGUCAAGUAUCUUGCGUCUAGCCUGGGUUAGGACUGAAGUACAUGUUUGCAAGGGUAUCAGCAACUAUACCCUUGGUAAAUUAUACUUCAUAUUCACCAGGGUGCACCUCAAGGAUGCAUGCUAAUAGUGGUCUGUGAAAAAUAGAUUAAAGUAUUGUAUACUGGCCAUUGAUUGCCUCCACUCAAACUCACCGUUUUGGUUUAUUGAUGAAUGAGUCCUUAAAGCUGAAUAAGGGUUGCACAAGCAGGGGCAUGACAAUGAUUUUCUGGUAUUAACAAAAUGGUUAUCAUGACAGAACACCACUCAUUACCCCUUAGCUCGUAUCAUUUUCAGUUUAAUUAGCACUAUAUUAUUUAUGUUGAUAUGCCUGGGUUAAGAGCAUAUUUCUAAUGAUAUCCUUUUCCUAAGUAUGAGUUCUGUUUGCCUUUAAAAUCCGUGAGGUUGUUUUUUGUACAUCUGAUAAUGCUCGGUUGAAAGUAAGUUACAUUUACUACUAAAUUACAAUUCUCGUGAGUAUGAAUAUAUGUAGACAUUAUUGCUAUCAAUAAAGUACAGAGUAUUGAACAAGUAAAGUUGUAUUUAAUGAAUGCUAUGAUUUGUAUGAUUCCAUUUCAAAGAUAUGUUCUCCAUGUACAUGUGAACAAGUUAAACAUUUCAUCUCGCAAGCAAAUGAGAAAUAGACAUCUAUAUUCUAUAUGUACUUAGUACUAGCAUUAACACAAAUCUAUAUCAAUGUUAUUUGAAGUUCAUCUAUACCAUUAGAGGUUAUUUUUUAGCAACAAUAUUUUGGCAUUCUCACAUAAACAUUCAUCAUUGUAGCUAUCUAAUGUAUCUUGAUUUUAUUUCUUUUAGAUAUUGAAAAGCCACCAACAAGUAAGAAGCACUAUAGUCAUGUUGAAGAUCAACUGAUUUGGUCAUAGGUGGAGCUUAAAGCAAUGGGAGGAUCUCAAAUUAGUUAAUUAUAGAUUUAGUUGAGUUUGUGUUGGAAUGUGUAUGACACUUGAAUUGUAAAUGAUAAUUGUUUUUUUCAAUAAAGAAGCGUCUUUUGUAUUUCAAUAUCCUUAUUACUUUCAAGAUACAUAAUUUAUAUUUCAUGUGUAUAUAUAAUUAUAUAUAUAA